UCCAUACCAGAGUUUUCACAGGUGCAACAACAACAACGAAAGCAGAGAGGCACGUAAGGUGCUUGCCUCUUGCCGCUUGCCUAGGACUGCAAUUUCUUGCAUAGGAAGAUGGUGAAAAUCGCCGUAAUUGGUGCUGGCAUUAUCGGCCUUUCUUCAGCUCACGUUUUAAAAACGUUUGAUGAUCAUUUAGACAUAACACUGUUUGCAGAGAAAUUCAGCCCAAACACGACAAGUGAUGGAGCUGCCGGUAUUUUCAAAGUCAACGAGGUUGACAAGGGAUUGACAAAUACAUCGGAGGAAAAAAUCAGGAAAUGGGCAGCAGACACAUACAAAUGGUACAAAGAAAUUCUAAAGUCAGAUUCAGCCCCAAAACUUGGCAUAUGCAACAUAUCUGGCUACCUAUUAAGCGACAAGGACACCUUAGAGGUAUAUUAUUGUUAAUGUUCACGUUUUGUUCUAUUGAUGUGAUGAUAUCAGAGUAGUUUUUAAUCAAACUGUAUUGACACUUUAAAAACUAAGCCAUAUUUGUUCCAUGUUGGUUUUAAGCAUUCACCUGCAAACUAGAAUUUUCACGUACUAGCCCAGGGCAAACCAUCUUUUUGAAGUUAAUUAGUUUAACCUGGGGGGAGCGGAGGACACUAAACACCUAAACAGAGAUAAUUUAACUCAUAGUUUGCAAUAAACAUUACUGCAGAGUACAGGUUCACCGUUGCUUUUGUGUUUUGCAACUUUAAAAAUGAGAUGAUCACUCAAAAGUUUGAUACCAUAAAAUGUCAAUUUCUGUGAUGUGAAAAUCUUGAUAGUGAAAGAAGUAGCAUCACUUGACCUUCCAGACUAGGGGGGUGAAGGGUCAUCAAUAGAAAAACUAACCAAUGAAGACAUAGCUGAAAAAGAAUUUAGGUGCUAUUUCACCUACUGAUAGACUAUUUUACCGACAAGCUAAAGAUUUUGUAGACAAACUAAAGAUUUAAUGACUUAUUCGUGAAGUAUUGGGGGGGAGUGGUUACACCCCCUACACCCCACCGCUAGCUACACCCCUGAAUGGAAAGUUGGAAAUUGCUAGUGACACAAGUUAGUGUUUCAUAUCAGACCUGUGCAAAAGAGUAUCCUUUAUUUUCUAGUAUGCACAGUUUUCCAAAAGAAUACAAUUGAUCACUUAAUUGCCCUAUCAUUUUUUAGGUUAAGUAAAACCAUCUAAGACAUAAUAUUACAGAUCCGUAGACUGAUCAGUGCUGUAUCAUUUAAGCCUUCCUCUUCUCUCAUGCUAUCCAGCAUCAGACUACUAUUUCUUCAAUUAUUUGAACUUCAAUCUUUUUAUAAUUCUUUCUCUCUGGCAUUUAAAGAGAUCCCCCACAUUAGGUUUUAAGAGGUGUCCAAAAUUAUUAAAAAUCAAGAAUGAUGCAUUUUUUGGGUUCUUAAGAAUAGGAAAGACUCUGGUAUCAAGAAAUCCUGUGUGAAUAGGGUUUGAAUAAAUUACUAGAGAAGUGUGGUUAGGUUAUGCCACUGAAAUAAGAAUUGUUUGCUCCAUAUCAAGUAUAUCAUAUAUUAGUAGUGUAUAAGGAACACUGCAACGUGACAAGAAUAAACAACAGC